AGAGCGCAGAGAGCCGGCUCUCGUGUCGAGUGCGCGUGAUUUUGUGGCUCUGAAAUGCGGGCUUGCUGCCAACUGCGCUGCCGACGCCGGCGCAGCUCAGCCCGAUUGCCGCGGUGGUUGUUAUAUUCUGGUCUUGGUUUUUAGUCGCCGUUUAAACUUGGUCGUGAGAGGGUAGCAGCCCCGUUAUCAGUCGCCGCGAUCGCGCCCCUAAGUGAGAGCACAGUGAGAGUCCUGGCCAGCGCAAGUUUGCAGAUCCAGAUCCUCCAGCACAUCCUGAUGGCCCCCGUGAGCGGCUGUUCGCCCACCGCCACCCACUCGCUGCAGGACAUGAGCGCUGCCGCCGCGGCCAUCGCCCUGGACAUGAAGCCCAAGGGGGAGCCCCACCCUCUGGCCUCCGCCAUUGCCCUGCCAUCGCAGAAGAUCAAGAAACGUGCGUAUCUAGAAUUAUUGCCACUACAAGGAAUACACAACAUCAUGGUGCGGCGAAACGCCUCCGACAAGCUGAAGCUCAUUCAAAUGGUCCACGAUAACCCAAUUCUCUGGGACUCACGCCUCCCAAACUUCAAGGGCGCCGAGGAGGAGAAGAAUCGCGCCUGGGAGCACAUAGGUCGAGAGUUCAACGCCCCUGGGCGUCGCGUUGCCCGGGCUUUUAAGUCCCUGCGGGAAUCAUACCGCCGUGAACUGGCUCACGUCAAGCUGAUGGGCAACGGGUUUAAGCCAAAAUGGAGCCUUUAUGAGGCUAUGGACUUUUUGCGCGACGUUAUCCGAGAGAGAAAAGGCGCAUCGCAUGCAACCGAUCUCAGCCUGACCGGGUAUGGCCAUAUUAACAACAACAAUAAUAAUAACAACAACAGCCUGGGAGCAGCUGGAAAAGCUGUGUCCCUGAAGCUCUCCACAUCUUAUCACGAUUCCGCCGCAGUGUUGAAUCUUUCCAAGUGCUCCUCGCUGAAUGUGAGCGGCGAUGACUACUACGGCGACUACUACGUAAAGCCGGAGCUGGAUCUCUCGGUGGGCGGCGGGGCCGGAAGUAGCAGCAGCCGCAGUAGCUCCGGCGGUAUACCACUUCCGCUGCCCGCCCACCAACUUCAGGCGCCCAACGACAGCCGGGUGAGCUCCACGCGCAACGAGCAUCAGCAACUGCAGCACAGCUACGAUGACAUCGAUGCCAGCUCGAUUCGCAGUGGAGAUGAAGACGCUGGUCACGCAUCCGAUGUAGUGGAGGAGUUAGAUGCGAUCGACGCCGAUUUCCCAUAUCCGCUAAUCCUGGACUCCAACUCGCGCGCGAGCACCAAUGUGGGCGUGGACGAGGUUGCCUCGUCACGCAAGCGCCGCCGCAAUGUCGACCAAGACGUCCUAGAGAACGGCAAUGGCGACGGCGAUGCUGGUAUCGAUGGCGAUGACUACGAGGAGCAAAUGCUGCAGCAGCACCGCCACCUUCGGCAGCAACAGGGUGCAGCUGACACCGGAGGGAUGGAUCUACCGCCACCGCAAACUGUGCGUGAGGUCCUCAACUCCAAGUUUUGCGGCUUCAUAUCGGCCAAGCUGAACAGCAUGGAGGACUCGGAAGCGGACAAUUUAAUGAAUCGCAUUCUUUUGUUGCUGGUUCAAGUGCAACAGUGCGAGGGCUCUACAAAAUAGGCGACCUGAUUGGGGUUCCUUAGACACGGGGUGUAGUUAAAAUAGCCAAAAAAGCUCAUUAUGGAUUGAUGAAGCCGCUCAGAGCACAUACAACAGAUUGAUUUCUUGCCAUUUGUUCUUACUUUCCUCGCCGUAAGAAUUAUGAACUUACUUGCCAAUGCCAAAUCUGUGCCAUACCAAAAAGAUCAAUCAAAGAUGAAUGAUUUUUCAAACAAAUUCUCUCAUUUUCUUCGCUCUCAUUUACAACAAAGAAUUAACUCAAAGAAACGACAAAAACAAAGAAAAUAGGUGAAGUAAGGACUUAGUUUAAUUAUACUUUAAAUGUUAAAUUCGUUUUAAGUCGGUCCACUGCAGAUCAUACUCAUGCCAACGUCUCAUCACAUGAAACUUUUCUUUACAUAAAAUUAUUUUUUAGAUUAGAUAACCGAUCGUACAUUUACAUAUUCUCGAUAAAUUGAAGACUUGGAAUUAAAAACAUCUUUAGAAAUAAUUUAAGCGCGAACAAGCUAUUAUACUACUGUUAUUUAUAUAACAAAAUGGAAAAUUAUAAUUUUCUGAAAACGAGAACACUUUUUAAAUUGUCUCUAUUUACAUACGUUAUUAAAUAAAAUACCAUACAUGGUAGACGAA